AAAAAGAAAAAGCAGCAACUCUGCGUCAGGGUCCAGGGUGUGGACCGCCUUGGCUCGCCUCUGCGCUCUGCUUCAAUGCUCAGCGGCCCCAAAUGGCACCUCUCAUAUCUCACGUGCGACUUCGCCCUUCCCUCACGUGUCUUUGCCUUUGCCGCGCACCAACUUUGCCAUGGAACCCGCAAAAAUCCGAUCCCAAUAAACUCUCGUUCCAGGUUGCAGCCAGGGGAAGUUGUCAACGCGAAGCCAGUCAAAUGGAAGAAGCUCUUGUUGACGCCGACAAGUUCCGGAGCGAAUUCCUCCGGGUUCUGCGUAGUCGACGAUCUGGAGAAGCUCCGCUAAGUGUGAAGCCCGCAAUGCCUGUCCACCACCCUCUGAUUCAGGAGGCCAACCCGCCAACCUUCAGUAAGGCGAUGGCAUCUUGUCCAAAGGAAAAUUUUAGCAAUUUGAAGGACUUGCUUCACGAGGAAAAUCUUUAUCUGACUACGGAGGAAGGAGAGCAAGGCCAAUUGCCCAUAUUGAUUAUUAGUAUGAAGGAUAGCAGACAGCAAAGAAGACCUGCAAUUGUUUUUCUGCACAGUACAAACAAGUGCAAAGAGUGGUUGAGACCGUUGCUUGAGGCUUAUGCAUCGAGGGGAUAUGUAGCCAUUGCCAUUGAUUCUCGUUACCAUGGUGAAAGGGCCAAGGACAAAACCACUUACCGUGAUGCUCUUAUAUCUUCAUGGAAAAGAGGUGACACCAUGCCGUUCAUAUUUGACACGGCAUGGGACUUGAUAAAGUUGGCGGAUUAUCUGACGGAAAGGGAGGAUGUUGACCCAUCUAGAAUAGGGAUUACUGGUGAAUCACUUGGAGGAAUGCAUGCAUGGUUUGCUGCUGCUGCUGACACCCGCUAUGCUGUGGUUGUCCCCAUAAUUGGUGUACAGUGUUUUCGAUGGGCCAUUGAUCAUGAUAAGUGGCAGGCCCGAGUUGAGAGUAUAAAACCCGUUUUUGAAGAAGCACGAAUUGAAUUAGGCCUGAGUGAGAUCAACAAAGAAUUGGUGGAGAAGGUCUGGAAUAGGAUUGCUCCUGGUUUGAGUUCCCAAUUUCACUCGAUUUAUUCAGUUCCAGCUAUUGCACCACGCCCUUUGUUGCUAUUAAAUGGUGCAGAUGACCCUCGUUGUCCAAUUGGAGGUUUGGAUGCUCCCGUAUCAAGAACACAGACAGCUUAUCGGAAGCUUGGUUGCCCAGACAAUUUUAAGUUCAUAGCACAACCGGGGAUAGGCCACGAAAUGACACCAGAGAUGGUAAAAGAAGCUAGCGAUUGGUUUGACAGGUUUUUAAUCCAGAGUAGUGGCUAGUGGCUUUUCUUGGCCCUGCGGAUCUUGUGGAAAUCUAUGAUGCAUUUGAGAAGUUAAGUGCAAGUGAAGAAAUAAAGUUGAAUCUUAUUCCUGUACGAGAAAAACAAUUCCCAUCAGUUCUAAUGGAAAGUCAUUGCUUGCUUGAAACAUCUGUCA